CUAUUUAUUCGAGAUUGCUAUAAAUAUGUCUGAUACUGUAGCGCACCUGAGUAGAAUCGUUAUGUAUCUCCGACCGAGAGGGGGCUUGAAUGAUGGCCACCAUCUGUAAUGUCUAAACAAGACGCUUGACAUCCGUGUUGAAGAUAGCGUGGGACGUCCUGGCUACUACAAUGGAUACAGAGACUGGAAUCGAGACCCCUACGGAACAGGGUUAUUAUGCCACCAUCAACCCUCCUCUUUUGAACGCAAGUGUUCCGGCGGACGGAAGAAGUACUAUUGGUCAUACUCCUUUACAAGUUCCUAUUUAUCUCCAGGCCAUUAUUAUCACUAUGUAUUCAGCAAUUAUUAUUCUAUCGGUUGGAGGAAAUUUGACAGUGUGUUUUAUAGUGUUUCGGGCAAGGCGCAUGCGCACGGUGAUGAAUUUUUUCAUAGUGAGUCUCGCUAUGAGUGAUCUCUUGAUGGCCCUUUUGUGCAUCCCUUUUACGUUUGUUGCUAACCUCGUUCUGAAUUAUUGGCCAUUUGGCGACGUCUUGUGCCCCGUUGUUACAUUCCUCCAAUCAGUGACAGUUUUUCUUAGUUCUUUUACUCUCGUCGCUAUUAGUAUGGAUCGCUAUAUCGCCAUUAUUUACCCACUUCGGCAAAAAAUGUCGAAAAAACAAGCGUUCAUCGUAAUUGCUUUGAUCUGGUUCAUAGCUUUUAUCAUUCCCAUACCCACAGCAAUGUUUUCUUGGACACACAAAUACGUCAAUGUUUCAACAGCCCCGAAAUUUUGUCAGGAAAUGUUUGAGAAUCCUGAAGAUAAACGUUUGUACGGAACAAUGAUCAUGUUACUACAAUACUUCAUACCCCUCGUUAUACUCAUGUUUACGUACGGCCGGAUCAGCGCCGUCAUGUGGAUAGAUAGGGCGCCGGGCGAGGCCAUGACAACACGUGACCAACGUAUGACUGAAUCCAAGCGGAAG